UUCAUUUUUAUUGUGCUUUCAUUUAAUUCACACGCACAACUAUUGAGGUUCAUAGUCAAAAAGGCUGACAAACCGGAUAAUUCCUACACGCACUAAAUGCAACACCGACCUCAGGACAAACAUGGCGACGCGCAUCGGCAUGGUUGCGAGAGUCGGAGGCGCCGCUCUCACUGUACUGAAGCCGGUCUCCAGACAGUGUGCACGGCAGAGGACGAGCGUGUUCGUCCCGCACCGGUUGUCGCACGGAGUCCGGAGCAGUUUGUACGAACAUGUCCGCGAGGGCUUCAGCGACAAACCCGAGCUGGACAUGAGAGCGGUGUGCGAGGAGACCGACAAAGUCAUAGCUAACGUGGAGGGGAGGAAGGGCGACCUGCGCGCGGACGAUGUCAGGAAGAUUGUAUGUGUGUGGCAGGAGCUCCAGGCGGUGAGGACAGAGAUCUCUGAGCUGGAGAAGCUAAAGAAACACAUCAGUGAAACAGUCAAAGACCUAGUGAACAAGAACGACAAGAAAGCUCUCGCCAACGUCCCAGAGUACACCCAGGCUCUGCAGAAGGGUCGAGACACUCGCAACAGGCUGAGCCAGCUCCUCUCCAGAGAGGCCGUGCUGGAUGAGGAGCACUACAGCCGAGCGCUCAGACUGCCCAACACCACACACCCUGACGUGCCAGUUGGAGAUGAGAGCCAGGCGAAGGUGGUGGAGCUGGUCGGGCAGAAACCAGAGUUUGACUUCAAGCCCAGAGGCCACGUGGAGCUCGGGGAGAAGCUGGGUCUCAUCAGGCAGAGGCAUCUGUCUCACAUUUCAGGCCACAGGUCCUAUUAUCUUAGGGGGGCAGGGGCCAGACUUCAGAUCGCACUCCAGAACUUCACCCUCGACACCCUGCAGCGACGGGGCUUCAUUCCCAUGGUUGUACCUGACAUGUUGAAGGGGGCGGUGUUUGAGGGUUGUGGGAUGCAGCCCAACGCUCAUCGUUCUCAGGUCUACUCGCUGGACCCGGCUCGUUUCCCGGAUCUCAACCUGGCUGGGACCGGAGAGGUCGGGGUGGCAGGUUUUUUCAUGGAUCAUGCAGUAAACUGGAAGGACCUGCCUGUCAGGACCGUGUGCAGCAGCACCUGCUACAGAGCAGAGACCGACACCGGCAGAGAGACGUGGGGCCUCUACAGAGUUCAUCACUUCAACAAGGUUGAGAUGUUUGGGGUGACGGCGGAUGAGACAGGAGAGGAGAGUUCUCAGCUGCUGGAGGAGUUUGUCUCUUUACAGAAGGAGAUGUUCUCUGCACUGGAGUUACACUACAGAGUGCUGGACAUGCCGACACAGGAGCUGGGCCCUCCUGCUCACAGGAAGUACGACAUCGAAGCCUGGAUGCCGGGGAGGAGCAGCUAUGGAGAGAUUUCCAGCGGGUCCAACUGCACCGACUACCAGAGCAGACGCCUCAACAUCGUAUAUGAGAGAGAAGACGGCAGCCUGCAGUACGCCCACACAGUGAAUGCUACAGCAUGUGCCAUCCCCCGAACCAUCAUCGCCAUCUUGGAGACUCACCAGACAAAAGAGGGAACAGUGCGUGUCCCCCGAGCCCUGCAGCCUUAUUUGGGUCUCGAAGUGAUCGAGAAGCCGAAGUACGUUCCGCUGAGAUACAUCGGACCAAACCAGCACCAUCGACCACCCAGACCUGGUCCUAAGACUACAUGAUGCUAACACACAUGUAGUGCAACUGUCGUCCUGAAACGCCUGAGGUGGGAGUCGGUUCACAUUCAACACCACCAAGUCAGACAGAGAGUCCAUAUUUAAAGGUGCUAUAUGUAUGUUUUUGCUAUCGCUACGUAGCUAACGUUAGCAUUAGCAGGUGUUUACUUACCAGUCUAAAAGGAACGUUGCAAGUUCAGCGUCAAAUUUCAUUCCUCAAUGCGCCAAGAGCUGUCACGAACAGUCGAAAGCAACGCCAAAGUUUUGCUGCUUUUUCUAUCACUACUGAAGUUAGCAUGCUAACCAGCUAGCACUGUGAAAAGUUCCCCUGGUUUAGCUUUAGCAUGAAGAGUGGUGAUUGGAGUUAUGUUAAAGUAUUGCCAGAUGCGGGUGUACAGGGGUGCUUCUACCUCUACCACUUCUUUUCUUUUACUGACGUUAGCAUGCUAACCAGCUAGCCUCAGCCCAACCUUUCUCAUCACUUUCCGAUCGCAACUCAUUGUAGCUGCCCUGAAGAAAUAGCGCUGCUCAGAGGACGUAUUCUAACUUACUGUAUUGUAAACUUAAUGAUGGCUGAAGCUCUUUGUGAGCAACCAUCACCUCCACCUGCUCCAAGCAAGAAACCAUGUUCAACAUGAGAGAAAACAUACAAAUAUCCCCUUUAACUAACACAUAGAAGGAAGCUUUACAUAUUUUGUUACAAAUGAUCUUUAUAUAUAUCUCUGUGCUUCAUAUAAAAUAAAAUAGUCUGACUUUUUGAGUUGAGUGUGAAUUGAGGUAGAUCAGGGAUCAGACUUCAAACCAAGCAGUUUACUGUCACUGUAAAUAAACAGUAUUUAUGUCUUAUUAUGUCGAAUGCCAUGAUAUUGUGAAUGGAAGCUUGAAUGUGUUUUGUUCACAUAAUUAGAACCCUAAUGUGGAAAAAUAAGUAAAAGUAAGUGUUUAA